AUGGAGCUCGAUCAAGCGGAACAUACUUUAGCAGACGUCUCAGAGGCACAGCAGCCUGGGAGCAAACGAAAAUAUUUGAUUCUCUUCAUCAUCAGUUGGAAUUCCUUGGUCGUUACAUUCUUAAGUACCUCUCUGCUGGUGGCGACCCCCGAGAUCUCCGCGGACCUCAACACGACCCCAGAGACAAUAAAUAUCACCAACGCUGGCGUUCUAGUUGCCAUGGGCUGCUCCUCUCUGAUCUGGUCCCCGGUGGCUAAAAUAUUGAGUCGGAAACGAAGCUAUGAUACCGCCACGAUAGUCAUCUUCCUUGCCUCUAUAGGGACGGCCCUGGCUCCAAGUAUGAGCGUCUUCACUCUAAUGAGAGUCUUGUCGGGCCUAACAGGAACCUAUUUCAUGGUUUCUGGACAGACGAUAAUAGCAGACUUAUUUGAGCCCGUCUUCCGAGGUCGAGCCGUUGGUUGUCUACAGGUUGGAAGUGUCGCGGGCACUGCGUUAGGCCCUUGUGUUAGUGGCAUCGUCGUUACAUUCAGCCACUGGCGUGAUAUAUACUGGCUCCAGGUGGCUAUGGCUGGGCUUGGGUCUGCACUCUCCAUAACCGCUAUCCCCAACAUCAAGAGCGAGGUCAAGCAACUACAUGAAGAAGGGAGAGAGAGCCACAUCUCGCUACGCUACGUUCUCCGAGCAUUCAACCCGAUCAAAGUAUUCAAGCUCUACCUGCUUCCUCAGGUGUUCCUUACAGACUUAUCAUGCGGUUUCCUAGCCGUUACCCAGUACGGCCUCUUGACCUCUGUCCGGAACGUUAUCAACCCACGCUUCAAUUUCGACACUCCUUUGGUGAGCGGGCUUUUCUAUAUCUCCCCUGGGGUGGGCUUUAUACUUGGCAGCCUGGUUGGAGGACGCUUUUCCGACCAUACAGUGAAGCGGUACAUCGCGAAACGCAAUGGAAUCCGCCUGCCCAAGGAUAGACUCAAUGGUGGGUUACCAUACUUAUUUCUAGUCUUACCUGCAUCUAUGCUUCUUUACGGAUGGUGCCUACAAAGAGAAUUUGGCGGCUUGGCUCUUCCUGUCGUUCUCUCCUUGCUGAUUGGUGCCGGGCUCAUGGGUGCCUGGAACGGUUUGAACACCUACUCUGCCGAGAUCAUUCCCUCUGAACGGUCUGAGGUUGUGUGCAGCAAGUAUAUCCUACAGUACAUCUUUGGAGCAUGCGCUACGGCAGCUGUUGUUCCUAUGAUCAAUGCCAUUGGUAUUGGCUGGUCAUUCACCAUCUGUAUGCAUUUCAUCAGAUCCCUUCGCCACUUGGGGAGUAUUGCCUUCUAA